AUGAAGGCCAUCAAUAUGUUUCUCCUCCUUGCCGGCAUCUUUCUGAUGAUGCUUGGCGUUCAGUACGACGAGCGCGAGGGCGAGCGUCGCGACCAGCUCCCUCUUGGCUGGUUCGGCGGUGUUUUCUUCCGCGGUGUCGCGGCUCAAGACAGCACCACCCCCUACGACCGUUGCUUCGCUGUCCCCGAUACGUCUUCCAUCAAUCAGACUUCUGUCAAUCACAUCGAGAGUGACGACUACUUCAAGACGGCCGGUGACAACAUCUACGCGGUCCCCGGCUCCCUCGACUUCUGUCCUAUCGACUCCUUCGACGAAUUCAAGCACACCAUUGAGGACAAGCUUUCCGGCAUCAAGGAGGGCGUUGAGCGUGAUAUCAAGGCCAUUGUGUCUGCCGUCAGCGACCACGCUCACAGCUUCGGCAAUAAUGCAUUGUCCUACCUCGUUCGCAUCGUCUCCUUCGGUUUCUACUCUGUCGAUGACCUUGAGGCCAUCGUGACCGCGGAUCCUUGCGAAACCCACCAUGAUGACGAUCCCGACUUCGUCCCCAUUAUCGAAGCUCUGGGAGACUUCAUCGUUGAACAUGUCAUCGAGCUCAAGACUGGAAUCCACAACUGCUUUGCCUCUGUCCACUACUGGAUUAUCACUCGCUCGACCAACUUCAUCUACCUGUCCUUCAUGAGCGCUGGCUUGACUGUCAUGGCGGCUCCUGGCCUCGUGUCUGGACCAGUCUUGUGUGCCAUUACUUGGGGCAUGCCUAAGUUCGUCAGUGAGUGGCUUACCGCCCUGGUCAUGCACAUGUUCCACGAAGAGCCCGCCGUCGGUAUCAUCCGACUCUGCGAGAGUGCCAUGACCGGUGGCCCGGGCCUCGAGGCCUUCGACUACCUGAUCAAGACCAGUGGUCUCGCCGCUGUUCUCCUCGCGUUCGCCGGUCUUGUGGCUGACUUGACCAACAAGUAG